AUGGAAACGGUACGCUCUUUUUCCCGGGACCCCAGCGCUCCUAUGAGGCAUCCUUCGGCGGAAGAUUUGGACGCCGCGCAGCAGCUGAUCUCGUCUGCGCAGGCGGGUCGCGAACAUCUAGCACAAUAUGGGGAUGGCCCUGGGAUUAAAGCAUCGGGGAGUCCGCCUCCAAAUCAUGGACUGGCCUCCUCCGUGUCUGGUCAGCUCCUCGAUGAACGAUCGAACGGACCCCGGGAUAAGACAUCCCCCAAGGCCCAGAAAGAUACCUCAUUCCUAGGGCACUCGUGCAGUAAUUGUGGGACACAGCACACUCCGCUCUGGCGCCGCUCGCCAACGGGUGCCAUGAUCUGCAAUGCCUGCGGACUCUACCUGAAAGCUCGCAAUGUCGCUCGCCCCACGAAACGAAAUCGGAUGCAACAAGGUUCGGAUGGUGUUGAUAAACCGAACGCGCCUGCUCCUUCUAUGAACGACUCGCAUGGUGCAUCGGAAGGAGGCUGCAAGGGCUCCUGCCCAGGAGGUGGAAGUUGCAACGGUACCGGUGGCGCGGAGGGAUGCGAUGGCUGCCCGGCCUACAACAACCGCAUCUACAAGGCUGCGACCCGUGGCCCUGCGCCCGUUGUUCAUGGCUCAUGGGGCCGGACUUCUGCCCCUGACUUAGACCCAGCACCUCCACCUCAAGAAGCUGAGACGUUGGCUAAAACCACUCCUUCCGAUGGGGUCUCUACUCUAGUUGCCUGCCAAAAUUGCGGGACAACGGUCACGCCGCUGUGGCGGCGGGAUGAGCAUGGGCACCCGAUUUGCAAUGCUUGUGGAUUGUAUUUCAAGCUCCACGGUUGCUAUCGUCCCACCACCAUGAAAAAGUCCAUCAUCAAGCGGCGCAAACGUGUUGUUCCCGCUCUACGUGACCAGUCUCCCACUGCUGCCACACACUCAUCCAACGGAUCAUCGGCCUCUCCCGAAGCAUCUCCCGCACCCUUAGCCCACCCCCACGAUGAGCAUUAUCGAUACAUGAGCAACGAGCCCAUGGAUGCACCGCGACAAACUCCCUUCGCACCGCCACCAGUGGACUUUACGGGCUACCAUGUCAGCUCCGCUCCCUUGCAGCAUCAUCACCUUCCCAAGCUCAUUGAACCAGAGCGAUUGGGCCAUUCGCCGGUAUCUCAGUACGGACGACGAUCUGCAUCUCCAAACUCCCUUGGUAUUCCCAAGAAACGCACACUCGCAGAAACCGCGGCGGAAGCCCUUCCUAUUCCCACUACUCUGGAAUCUGGAUCUAAUCAGCUGCCGCCAAUCAUGACUUCGGCCAAUCCUUCGCCUCCAGGUCGCCUGAGCUCGAUUUCUUCCAUUCUGAAUCACGCCGGUUCGCGCAGUGAUUCGCAUAUGGGCCGACCUCAGUCCCUCCAACCUCCCAUGCAGUCUGUUCCACCCCAAUCGCAGCACCUUCCCAGCAUCUCCUCAUUCUCGGACCCUGCACCCGACCGUCGCGCCCAACUGGAACGGGAAACCGAGCAAAUGCGCGAAGCGCUGCGAGCCAAGGAGCGGGAGCUGGCCGCGAUGGGCCGAUAA